GUGGGCCCAUGUUGCAGGGCGUGGGAGGGGUGAAACAUGACCCUGUCGGUGGUUAUGGAUUCUCUUCUUCAUCCCUUAAAUCCUCGCAUGUCUUCUUCCAUCACCUCUCCUGCUCUCCUUUGCCUCAUCCGUUGUUCACAUGCUGCUCCUCCGCCUGCCGCCUGCCGCAUUCCGAUAUUACGACUUCCUCUAACGCCAUCUCUAUUCCGCACCACUUUCUUAGCCAUAAUAUUCACCGUCCUCGUUCCUCGACUCAUCGACACUUGUCUACUUUGUUUCCAACUGCUACCUUUGUCGUAGAUCCAACUUGCUCUUCUUCUCGUUCGUCGUGUGUAAGACAUCCUCCCGUAGGCCUGUGAGUUACAUCACCCGACGCUACUCUCCCCGACACAAGUUAAUGGAAGUUAGAGGACAGGAGCUGCAGGAGCAGGAGAAGAUCUACAAUCCUACUCCUCUCCAGCAAUCCGCUGCCUUCACCAUGCCUUUACCCUCUUCCACCUUGCUUCACUAUGCCACCGAAGCAAGAGGUGGAACAGGCGAUGCCAGAAAUGGGAUGGCGUCUCUGAUCCACAAUCCCACUCCCACUUCAGCUCCUGCCCUGGCGAGUGCUUUGGGUAGCGGUGGUCGAUCCAAUUCCACCACCGCUGCCGCCACCGCCCUUCUUCCUGCCACCGACACUGACGCGGCACUCCGGUACCGGGAGUGUCUCCGGAACCAUGCUGCCAGCCUAGGCGGGCACAUCCUCGAUGGCUGCUGCGAGUUCAUGCCACGCAGCGACGACGCACUCAAGUGCGCCGCCUGUGGUUGCCACCGAAGCUUCCACCGCAGAGACACCGACAUGAAUUCUCCCCUCCGCGACCUUCAGAACGCCACCCACGGUAGAGUGCCUCUCCUGCUUCCUCCACACCACCUCUCUCUACCUUCGACCGGCCACGAUCACAACCUGAAGCUUUUCGGCUCCGCCGGCAUUCUGCUUCAUACCGGUGCAAGCGUGGGCGCGGCGACGGAGUCGUCGACCGAGGAGCUUAUGCUAGGCGCCGUGCCGCAGCAGCGGUUCACGGUGUCUAAGAAGAGGUUCAGGACAAAGUUCACGGCCGAACAGAAGGAGAGGAUGAUGGCCUUCGCCGAGAAGGUCGGGUGGAGAAUGCAGAAGCAGCAUGAGGCUGCGGUAGAGCAAUUUUGCGGCGAGGUUGGUGUCAGUAGGCAAGUGCUAAAGGUGUGGAUGCACAACAACAAGAACGCCCUAAGGAAGCAACAGCAGCAGGAGGAAGAGGAGGAGGAGGAGGAGGAGGAGGUGGAAGAGCAGCAGCAGCACCACCACGAAAUGCCAGAAGCUUGAGGAAAAACAACACGGACAAAAAAGACUGCAUUCUACUUAGUUAAUCGACUCACAUCCGUCUCUUUUUCUUUUUCUCUCUUUCCUUAACGUGGUGACAUAUAAUAUGUACUGUUACAUGCUCGUUUACCGGUAGGCAGAUCCAUAUAUGUUCCUCUGCAGAGAGCUUAGUCUCAAGAAAUGGUAAUUAUUAUAUAUAUGCUCCUUUGAAUCGAACCUUGGGACUCACACCCUUUCUCAAGAACAAUCUCCAUCGACCAAUCUCGGGUGGAGAGACGAAGGCUCAGAAGAGCGCAUUGUAAGAUGGAGAAUUCUGUAUCCGUACAAAUUGGAUUUGACUGGAUUAUUCCCAUUGUUAAACGGUUCCCGUUCAAGAUUCUAGUGGAAUGACUCGAUAAGAAAUAACCAGUUUACUACCGGCGAACCCUCCUCCGUCUGGAAAACUGGUGGGAAGAAGGAACACCAAACGCAGUGGAUUGUGAAGAAGAACCAUAUACGGAGCUGGAUAGAAACAUACCUGCUAGGCUGCUUAUUUCAGAGAUCGGUGAUCGCUGAAAACAGCACAUCAUACCUCCGAUUUCAGAUCUAGAAAACCC